UCUCUGCCUCUCUCUUUCCCUCUUUGAAUAUCCCCUAUAUAUCUCCCUGUCUACCACACCUCUUGGCGACUUCAUGUGGAGAGUGUGUAUAGUAUAGGUAUCGUCGUGCUGUAGUUAGGGUUAAGGGUGUCGAGGCCCCGUGGCGUGAUGACAGACUACCAGGAGCUCCUACAGACCAUCCGGGAUCUGCAACCCUCCAGACUUGGCUACAUCGAGAUCCUUCAAGAGGAGGUAAAGAGGAACCAGGAUAGGCCUCUGGAGAGGACUAAGCUUGAGGAGGAAAGCGAGGAUGGCACAGGCGGGCCACCGUCCAUGGCACAGCCGCCUCGUGGAAACGCCAACCUAUUGACAGUGCCCUACUCUAUCCCCCGGGCACUGACUGUCUCUCCAAGCCUAGGAGGGCUCCCUAUCACACCAGAGUUAGCUGGGAACCUAAGGAAGAUUUUGUUUGGCAAUACUUUUUACGUCUUCAACUAUGAGUGGAAGAAGUCCUUCUUCAAAUUCAGGGAGCCCUACUCCAACCUGUCCUAUGCCCUGGAGGCAGAAAGAGGAGGAUCCCGUGCCAUUCAAAUGGUGGUCCAAGCGAACAUUAUCAAAUACUUGCUCUUCACCCGCCAGACCAACUCAGACUGUUGCAGACUGCAAAGUCUGAGUGAGGUGGGUGAGAAGGAGCAGGAGAGGGCUCUGGCCGUCGCACUGACUGACAUUCUGUGGGCAGCUGGUGAGGAAAGGAGUGCCACCAUCUCCUUAGUGACAUCAGACUACUGUUUCACCCCCCACCUGGACUACAAACUGGACAACUUCACUGAGAGACUACAGCUUUUUAGUUUCAACAAGAAAGAGGAUGUCAAGAAAUUUGUCUAUGAGCACAUCCAGUGUUUUGAAGAUGAGGGGAGUCAUGGAGUCAUCUUGUUUCUCUACAGCUUAAUCUUUUCAAGGACCAUCACCAGGUUGAGGGAGGAUCUUGACUGUACCACCUCUCACUUGCUCCAUUUGAGCCUUGGCAACUUUGUGUGUCGUCAGGCACUGAUGAAUCUCCUGCUAACUGGCCGAGCCAGUCCCAAUGUAUUCAAUGGAACUCUGCAGUGUGGUGACGACGGCAGCCCUCUGGAGAAGCCUCUACAUGGGGUCCUGGCUCGCAGCGCCGUAGGCUACCUGCACUGGAGCCGCGAGCUGCUGGAACGUACAAAGCUGCCCAUGGUUGGAAGCAUGCUGAAAACACCAAAGUUGCCAAUUUGGGUGUGCAGUAUCAAUGGCACCUACAGCGUCCUCUUCAGUCCCAACCGCUCCCUGCUCUCUGACUGGAAGAUGGAGCACCUGUUCCACAUGUACUUCUACAAUGGCCAGCCAUCGCAACAAAGCACAGCCCUGCUGACCAUCGACACUCACUCCCACCACUGGGAGGUAGGGAUCAAGGACACCCAGGGAGACCCAGAGAAGAGGUUUCCCUCUUUAGAGAUGGCCGUUAGGACCAAAUGGGAGGGAGCUGCCAUCGACUGGAACGGAACCAUGCCUUUUUUCUGACCAGGGAGGAUACUUGAUGAUAAUGUUCUGGAUUCCUAAUACAUUUUUUAUGCAUCCGUUUGUCUGGUUUGAAGGUGCCCUUAUGCUACCAACCCACUCAAGAAAGCAACUAAAUGUUCAGUUCCAGCCGAAAACACAAAAAGUGUGUUUGCAACUUUUACAGCUUAGGCCGGGAUUCAAUCCCAUCAUGCUUUGCGGAAAUGCACCAAUUAAUGGCUAUAUUUCUGCGUUCACAGUAAACACUGCAUAUACAGUAUGUCAGCUCAAUCGGAAAUUACCUUUAAAUGGAGCAUUAUCGAUAAAACACGAUCGGAUCCCGGUCAUAGAAAGAUAAGAGGUCAAUGUAAAGAAUUUCUUACUGUGUAUUAUUUGUCAGGCAUUCUAUUGUACUUUUUUACAAAAUGUUCUGUAAAAUAGGCCUAUACUUUAAUGCUGUUGGCCCAUCAUAGGUUACCCACAUUAUUCAAAAACCAAUUCCUGCAGAAUUACAUUCAUUGACAGUUUGAGAAGCUGUUUAAUUGAGUGAGGAUAUUAUGUCUUUUCAAUAAGACUACUAUACAGCAUAACUAUUUCUAUUGAAUAUUUGUGGCACAGCCUACAUUUGUCAGUUUUGGCUGUAUUUUCUUUGUGUCAUCGUUAGCCUAAUAUUUUGAUAAGAAAACUUGGGUUAGUAGGCUAAUUUGAAAAUUGUGAUUUUUUUUUGUUAUAUAUGCAUAUUAUAGCCCAAAACCUUUUCCAUGCAUGAAUGAAAUUUGUUUUUGCUGUCUUUGUAAUCUAUAGGGAUUUUACAGUGCUUUCGGAAAGUAUUCAGACCCCUUGACCUUUUCCACAUUUUGUUAUGUUACAGGCUUAGUACACAGCCUGGG